AUGCCUAGCUCAGGCUAUGGCCCGGUGCUGACCGCUGCAGAUGCCGCCACCGCUCCCCAGGUGUCGCCCGCUAACACUCUGAUUACCAUCUCGACGACCGAUCUUGACCGUCUCCUGGAAGCGCGACUGGAAGAACGCCUAGACACCCGCAUCCAGCAGCUUCAUCAGGACCACGCUCUACACGGUCCUCCCGGCAUGCAAGGUGAUCCCGACCAUCUAGUCAGUAACGAUACUCAAUGGAAAGCGAACGAUAUUGGCUAUUUCGACCCCGGCCUCCCUGACCGCGACGAUUUGAUCUUCGAUGGCCCUACUACUUGGUAUACUAACGUUUACGUCUUCGUCCACCGAGUCAAGAACCCGUCGUCCUUAAAGUCUCCAGAAUUUGCACCAGCCAACAUCCACUCCUUCCUGCGUGGCGACGCCUUGAGAUGGUAUGCCUAUGAACUCGGCGCUCGCGAAAAAGACAUGAUGCAAACCUGCACCCUCGAAAUGGGUUGGUAUGCUUCUCUUCAAGACCGUUUCAAGCCCAAUCUUGAAGAUGCACUAGCAGAACCGGAGAAAGACACGGACGGCUACAGCGACAUCCGCGCAGGACGUUCCGCCCUCGAGUAUGCCCAGAACCUGCUCCGCCUACUACAAAGCACCGGCAAUGACAACCUAACUGACCAGAUCCCCAAAAUCCGGGACAGCAUCGACCCCCACUGA